AUAAUGAUUGGUGGAGUCGGCUGUGCCGCAGGGACGAGUGGGAGCCGAGUAGGCGCUGCGGGUUUAGAAGCGGCGGCCUCAGGUACUAGUCACCAUCAUGCCUACCUCCGAGCCCCCCAAAAGCAGGCGGGAGGCAGUCUAUUCUUCCCCUGCUAGUUCUGACGAUGAGGGGGCCGGCAAGUCUUCCACUUUCUCCCUGAUCUCUGACAGUUUCCAUCCAGAGUUAUCAGAUUUCCACCAUGGGGGAGAGGGAGAAACAACAACAAUCACUAGCAGGGGAUCGAGCAUCCCUGAGAAGAUGAAACACCACCAUAGUCUGGAACAAAUUAAGGAUACAAAUAAACAUUCACUUGCUUACAAUAAUCUUUCACCAUGGGAAGAAUGGUUCCUUUCCAAAGAGAGAGAACUACGUGCUCGUUUACAAGCAAAAGCUUUUGAGGAAAUGAAUCAGCAAAUGGAGGAAACAAAGGUAAAACAAGAACGAGAAAGAAAAAAAUUAAUUGCUGAAGAGAAACACAAAGAGUGGGUCCAGAAGAAAAAUGAAGAGGAAAGGAAAGAAAGACAGCGUAAGCUCAAAAAAGAAAUGAGAGAAAAGGAAAUAAAAGAGUUUGAGGAAAUGCAGUCAAAGGAAAAAGCAAAAGAAAUGUAUAAGGAAUGGCUGAAGAAAAAGAAUACUGAAGAUCUUCAAAAAAAGAAAGACGAGAAAGAAAAGGAAAAGCUACGGGAAGCUGAAUUACAGGAGAAAAAAGAAAAAUCAGAGAGGAUGUUCAAAGAAUGGCUGCAGAAUUCUAAAAACAAGCCCCGCCCAGCUUCUGCUGGCUAUGCCUAUGUCAAUGGGAAACUUGCAACAUACCCAGAUGGAAAUGCCUAUCCAGCUCCAGCCUUUUGCAACCCCAUACCUUGGAAACCAAUCCCUGUGCCUCCUCCUAAGGAAGAGAAAGUUGUAAUCUCAACCCAAGCCCGUCUGUUUGGGAAUGAUGAAGACAAGAACCAUGAACCUAAGGCUGUUAGUCAUUAAUUCCUCUGCUUUCCUUUCCCAGCAUGCAUGAAAUGCGUGAAAUAAACAGAAGGCAUAGUACAGCAUUACUGUGAGAGGUAGUAUUGAUGGAAAAGUAGAUGGAGGGUGCAGAGUUAGAGACAAUAUUGUUUAAAUGUUUUCAAAGGGAUACAAUUUCAGAAAGAAAUGCUUUGUUCAUCCAAGUUAUUUCUUCCCAUGUCUGAAGCUAUGAAACAGUCUCUCCUUUGUUUAAUAUUAUUCUUAAGAGGAAACAAAAUAACAAUGAACUCUGAUUUAACCGAUCAGUAUAUGUGCGAAAUAUGCAUAUAUAUCUGCAUUGGGUGCUAAUUGUGGCCAAAGAGAUGCAUUUUUCUGUUUGCAUAACAUGGUUAACAAUUUUCUCUAAAGCUUCCAUUGAAAUCACUGAAAGGCUUAGGAGAAUGUUGCAAAAUGCCAUAGUUAAUAAGAAUGAAACUGUUUUUAAAAACCCUAUGUAUAGGAUUAAGAGUUAUCUGUUAGUUUGUUAUUGAUUUUUUUUUAAUUAAAGAUUUUUAAUUCUG